GCCCCUGCUGAGCAUGCAAGCAUGCAAAUGCAUUGGCUUGUGUCAUUUUUGCAUUGCCAUGCAUGCUAGCCUCUGCACCCCAGCCCUAGUGUCCUGCUGCUGCUUCUCUCUCCUCCCAACUUUUGUGCCUCUGUCUCGCUCUGAUCUCACUGAUGCCAAAGCCUUUAUGGCUUCAGAACUCAGAUGCAUUCAAUGGCCUCAUCCGUAGCUACUCGUACACCACUGUAGACACAGCCUCCUCCUCUCUCUCUCUUCUUUCUCACAUUAACUUCCAGCACCAAAGUUGCAAGAAACCCCUCCUGCACAUGUGAACAGUGAGCAUAUGUUGGCAAUGCGACCUCUGAAUCUGAUAUAUAUAAGCAGAGGUAGCAUCCUACUGUUUUCUCUCCUCAUCAUCCACCGAUUAGCAAACGUUCAGUUCGUUUACUCGCUCGAGCUCGCCAUGGAACUUCUGCUGCUUUGCUCCUCAUCGCUGCUGCUCCUUCUGCUCUCCUCUCAUGGCCUGCCGUCCACCGAAGGUGGAGAGUUGCAUCAUCACCAGAUCAAGGAGCCUCCUCCAGAGGUGGAGCAGACGGGCGGGAAGGGGUGGGCGGCGAUGUCGGAGGCGCUGAUCGGGUCGCGGCCGCCGCGGUGCGAGGGCAAGUGCGCGCCGUGCGGGCGGUGCGAGGCGGUGCAGGUGCCCGUGGCGCCGCGUGCCGGCCGCCUCCGCGCCUUCUUCUUCUCCAGAGCCGCCGCCGCCGACGACGACGACGAGAGCUCCACCAACUACAAGCCGUUGAACUGGAAGUGCAGGUGCGCAGACACCAGGAGGGCGCUGGAUCCAUGAUCAAGAAAUGCUUGAGAUUUUUCGCUCCCGGAGAUGGUGAAAUUAAAGUUUCUGAAUUCCGUUAGUAGUUGUUGUUAUGGCUUUAGGUGCAGAGAUUCAGAGAAACGAUUCUGAAGGUGUUAUUAUACUCUGAAUCCAUUGUGUUCUAAUUUUGUAGUACUAUGUUUAGUUUGUGGUGUAAUUAAGUGUGUCAUGUCCAUUUUCCAUCAAGAGUUGGAUGGAUCAAAAUUCCAAGCCUGCAUUUCAUAAUUGAGUGUUUUUUUUAAUCCCUUCAAAAUUCAAAACCAAAAGUUGUCAAGAUAGUA